GAUUCUUGUGGGCCUUAUCUCCAAUGUAAACACACCCAAAAGUCGCCGUGCUGACUGCUGAGUAUUGAGUAAUAACGAAUAUCUUUUACAUUUGAGGUGUGCUCGCGGUACUAGACUAAAAUUAUUCGAAAUUAUUUCUAAUGGAUGCUCAAGGGAGGAAAAUUGUGGUUUGCGAUAAUGGAACAGGGUUUGUCAAAGUUGGUUUUGCUGGCUGCAACUUCCCUUCUCACAUCUUCCCAUCAAUGGUUGGUCGUCCCAUAAUCAGAGCAACAAAUAAAAUUGGUGACAUUGAAGUGAAGGAGUGGGCCCAUUUCCCUGACCUGAUGGUAGGAGAUGAUGCCAGCAAGCUCCGUUCAAUGCUUGAGGUCACUUACCCUAUGGAGAAUGGCAUUGUCAAGAACUGGGAUGACAUGUGCCAUAUCUGGGACUACACCUUCGGCAAUGAGAAGCUCAACAUCGACCCCAGAGAGUGCAAAAUCAUGCUCACCGAGCCCCCUAUGAACCCCUUGAAGAACAGGGAGAGGAUGCUGGAGGUGAUGUUUGAGAAGUAUGGAUUUGCUGGAGCGUUCGUGGCCAUACAGGCGGUGUUGACACUGUAUGCACAAGGUCUUCAGUCUGGCGUGGUGGUUGAUUCUGGGGAUGGCGUGACGCACGUGUGUCCGGUCUAUGAAGGCUACACUCUGCCUCAGAUAAGGCGUUUGGACAUAGCAGGACGCAACAUCACGACGUACCUCAUCAAGCUGUUGCUGCUGCGUGGCUAUGCCUUCAAUCACUCCGCUGACUUCGAGACCGUGCGCAUGAUGAAGGAGAAGCUCUGCUAUAUCGGCUACAACAUCGAGCAGGAACAGAAACUUGCCAACGAAACUACCGUACUCGUGGAAAACUACCAGCUGCCGGACGGCAGAGUAAUCAAGGUGGGUGGCGAGCGUUUCGAGGCCCCAGAGGCGCUGUUCCAGCCUCACUUGAUCAACGUGGAGGGCCAGGGCAUCGCGGAGCUGCUUUUUGACACCAUCCAGCGCUGCGAUAUUGACAUCAGACCUGAGCUCUACAAGCACAUUGUGCUCUCUGGCGGCUCUACCAUGUACCCUGGACUGCCAUCCAGACUCGAGAGGGAGCUCAAGCAACUUCAUCUUGAACGCGUUCUCAAGGGCGACGUGGAGCGACUCUCGAAGCUGAAGAUCAGAAUCGAAGACCCGCCUCGACGCAAGGACAUGGUCUUCAUCGGCGGCGCCGUCCUGGCCGACGUCAUGAAGGACCGCGAGAACUUCUGGAUCUCCAGGGAAGAAUACCUCGAGAAGGGCGUCCAGGCGGCCAUGGUCAAGCUCAUGCCCGGGGGAACUUCGUAGACAAGGGCAAGACAGUAGUGCAGUGCUGGGGGACUGUGAUGCAGUGCUGGAGGUGGGCAGUGAUGCAGUGCCUGGGGGAACUUCGUAAACGGGGAGCGCCUCUUAGAGGGUGAGGAAGUGGUGCAGUGCCGGAGGGAACUUCGUAGACGUGGGCGGCGGCGGAUCUUUAGGAAGAGCAGUGAUGCAGUGAUACUACACUUGGACGAUUUAGAGAUUUUGUCGAAAUAUCGAUGCCCUUCUAGCUUAUGUCAGAAUCAACCUGACCUAGUUUUGCCCGGAAAAUUGAGGUAUCAGUGUUACAUACGGAUAGUAUUGCACUAUUUGGACAGUGUGACCCUCGUUUGUCUGGGUUUAGAGAUGGUUUGAGUGAGUUUACGAGUGAGGACGCUUCAACUGGAUGAGGAUUUGGACGUAUAUAGUAGGGUCAUUAAAUCUAUACGAAAUUGAUCGCAGGCAUAAUAAGGAAGGUGAUCUGGUACUUAUGGAAGGUAGAAUAUUGAAGCCGUACUAAGGGAACUUGUAAUAAGAGUAGGUAUUUAACUGAAAUAAAGUCGUGAAGGAAGAUGGAUUAAUGAAGUGGUUUAAGGUGCCAGCUGAAAAUGGAAUAUCGAAGCAUUAUGAAGGGUGGAAAAAGCUCACUACAUAUUUGUUUAGUGUUGAUUAGAUUUACAAGAUUAUGGGCGAGUAUAUCCUUUGUAAUGUCGUUAAAUUAAUUUUACUCCUUGCAAGAUUUUGAGAAAUGAUAUAGAUUAGGCCGUAAGAAUGUAUUUCUAACAUUUUUUGGGUACCGUGAAAAAGUUCUAGUUCUUUUGCAUGAUAAAUUAUGAUUACGAGGCACACUCUGCGAUAGUUGCGUAAAAUAUCGGGAACAGAAAUUGAGAUGAGAAGAACCUCAAAUUUGAUGCGGUGUAUUCAAAAUUAGUUUAUAGGUGUCGAUGUUGCUCCCCGACAAUUAACCCGAAUUAGUAAAAACAUCGAAUUCUGUAAUCUUUGUCAUGAUUAUCAAUUUUAUAGAAUCUAAAUUAAUUACAUGGAAUGUUACUGCCGUACGAAUACGAUCGAUUGCUGAAGAAGAGACACGUACUUAUUUAUUUAUUGUGAGAAGUCCGGUUUUUUAAAAUGCAGUGUUGAAUUACUUGACAUAAAAUGUCUGUUAUUUUUGUUUGCAUAUUUUCCGUUUCGUUUCGAUUCAGUCGAAAUAUUUGCAAUCAAUGCGGUUUGAAAUUCAUUUGUUAUAUCAUGAUUAAUUUUGUUGUUUUCUUACGCAGGUAAUUUUCAAAACAUUUUGUUUCUUGUUCGGACAUUCCAAUAUUUGUAUUGUGUACAUAGUCUCGUGCCAAAGUUGGUUGUUGAAGGUUAUGUU